AUGACAAAAAACCAGGAUGAAAAUCUGAGAAGAGAGGUCGUGGAAUUAGGGAGUGUGGUCAGGACCUUUACCAACAAAAGUGAGGGAGUAGAACAGGCCAUGAGGACAAUGGAGUUUAGACAGGAUGCUACUGAAAAGCUACUGAAAGGAUUGGAUCAGAAAUAUGAGGGCCUGAUGAACAUGAUGGCUCAGUUGGUGGCCAAGAUCAGUGACCAGGGAAAGGAACCAGAAGGCAGUAGCAGCUCAAAAAAGGAAGAUCGAUCAAAUGAAUCCAGGAUGGAGCCACCAAAAGAAGCAGACAAUCCAAGGGAGUGGAUCAGGAAGGCUAACAAGUAUUUCAAACUACAUGAGAUAGAGGAGGAUUUGAGGGCUGAGGUUGCUGAACUCUAUUUCAGAGACAGAGCAGACAUCUGGUUCCAUGGAGUUUUUUAUGGAAGGGAGGCUAUUCCCUGGUUAGAAUUAUCCACUGCUCUAUGCAUCAGAUUUGGAGAGGGAAGUCCAGAAGAGGCCAUCGAAGAAUUCAAUAAGCUGGUGCAGGCAGGAUCUGUGGCUGAAUACUUGGAGAAAUUCGAGAUGCUCAAAGCCCUGGUAAUGCCUUCUCUGCCUCACUUGUCUGAUUCAUAUUAUAAGGCAUGUUUUAUGAGUGGACUGAAAGAGGAAAUAGUCAAUAUGGUGAAAAUAUCUAAACCUGAAACCUUAGCUGUUGCCAUUGAAAUAGCAAAACUCCAAGAAAAGAACCUCAAAGCAAUCCAAAAAAUGCAGAAACCUGUCAAUACCAGUUUCAAUAGCCAAAAAAUCUACAGCAAAACUACACCCCACACCAAAUGGAACCAAAAGUACCCCAAACACACCAACAAACCCCCUGAUCAGCACACUUCCAACCAGAACCUAUUUAAAAAAAUAACCGCCACAGAAUACAAUCACAGGAGGGAAAAGGGGCUAUGUUAUAGAUGUGCAGAACCUUAUACCUUGGGGCAUGUUUGCAAACAAGCCCAUGCACAUUUACUGUUGGCUGAUGAGGAUGAAGACAUGGAGAAGGGUAGGGAACCAGAAGAGGAAGUUUUCUGUGACUGCAUUAAUGGAGGUCUGGCAGGGGAACACAUAGAAGUAUCAAUUCAUGGCCUGGCAGGAGGAGCAAGGCACAAAACGAUAAGGCUGAGGGGUCAUGUUAAGGGAAGGCAAGUCACUGCACUAAUUGAUAGUGGCAGUACCCAUUGCUUCUUGGAUGAGCAGCUGGCAAAGGAGUUGAAACUGUGUACACAGGGGCCAACUUUAAUAGUCAAUGUGGCUAAUGGUGAGAAGGUGGACUCCAAGGGACUAGAUAAGCCUAUGCAGUGGGAGAUGCAGGGGCAUCAGUUCCAACAUAUCUUCAACACCUUGAGGUUGGGGGGAUGUGACAUGAUACUGGGGGUGGAUUGGUUGGCCAAACACAGCCCUAUAGAGUUCAAUUUCAUGGAACUCAGUAUGAAGAUCCUCAAGGGGAAGCAAGAAAUAAUACUGAUAGGGGAUGACAGCAGCACCAAGUUGGAGAUACUCAAAGGAGGCAGGCUAGCAAAAUGGCUAAGGAAGCAGGAAUAUGGGGUAGUAGCACAACUGGUGACAGUGGGGAAGGAGGAAAGACCAGGACAGAUACCCAUUGAAAUCAACUAUGUGCUAGAUCAAUACAAGGACGUCUUUGAAGAACCAAAAGGAAUGCCUCCAACAAGGAGCCAUGAUCACCAGAUUGUCCUCAAGGAGGGAGCCAGGCCCUUCCAGGUGAGACCAUACAGGUGCCCCUACGUGCAGAAGUCAGAAAUUGAGAAAUUGGUGAAGGAAAUGCUGGAGCUGGGCAUCAUACAACCCAGCAGCAGCCCAUUUGCUUCCCCAGUGCUACUGGUUAAGAAAAAAGAUGGGACAUGGAGGUUCUGUGUAGACUACAGGUAG